AUUCUUGUGACGAACCUUUGAUCCUUUUGUUUGUGAAGAACUCAGAUUUACUCUUACAGAUCUUUUCCAACUCUGUCAUGAUUAGUGACUUUUGGAGACUUCAUAUGUGUAGAGGUUUCUCCGGACACCUAGUUGUCUGAAAAGGAUGGAUGUGGAAAACCUGUGGUUGAAUGUCCCAAACUGGAUUUAAGUUGAGAUACUUUUGUCAAGCACAGAAUGAUUGCAUACGUAGACUGUCUCUCCACCGAACCAGCUGGGAAAUGCUGGAAUAGGACCUACUAUGAGGACGAGGAUGAACUUCUUCCUCUGUAUACUCGCAAACUGAACCUCCAGCCCAAGACGGAGGGCAGCCUUCGCCGCAGACUCCUCACCUCCAAAAUUCACCAGCAGCAGGACGCCCUAUGGGCACCCAAACCCUGGGCAGGACCACCGGCUCGAAAGAGCGCCACACUGCAGGGCCAGCCCAACUACACCUCCAGCCCGCCACGCAACGACUUGAGAGCGGUGUCCAGUCUCGAUGAGGAGAGUAAGUGGUCGGUGCACUACACAGCCCCCUGGCACCAACAGGAGAAUGUCUUCCUGCCAGGGUCCAGACCAGCCUGUGUUGAAGACCUUCACCGCCAGGCCAAAGUCAACCUGAAAACAGUCCUCAGAGAGUGCGACAAGCUCAGGAAAGAUGGCUUCCGCAGCUCCCAGUGCUACUCCCAAAGCCCUGCCUUCUCUGCAACCAGCCUUUGUGAAAGUGUGCACCUGGAUGAGGAGAAGACAGAGAAGAAAAAGAAGGCUUCAGAUUCACCUAAUGAAGAGGAGAAACUCGUGUACUCAAUGCCGCCUCAGACCCCUUUGCUGGAUUACUGCUCUGACAUGGACAUCCAGAGAAGCUGGACCAACUGUCUUCCUUUGCCUACUCCUGAGGAGAAAAUGAGACUAGAGUCUCAGUCGGUGGCCACUGAUGUCAUUCCCAUCAACAUUACAGGUGAGAACUUUGACCGCCAGGCCAGUUUCCGUCGCUCCUUAGCAAACACUGAUACCAUAAUACGAAGACCCAAGAGGGUGCAAAGAAGGAAAACAAUAACAGGAGUUCCUGACAUUAUCCAGACUGAUUUAGCAAAUAAGGAACAAGCUGACUCCAGAAUUCAUUCCAUGUGUAUGGCCGAUCAGUACUCCACCCUCAGUCGAGUGGGAAGUGUAAACUCCACCCUGAGACGCUCCGACACCCGAGACUCAAGUUGCCAAACAGAAGAGUUGAAAAUUGUUCCUCCCUCAGUACGCAGAAUCAGAGCACAGAGAGGCCAUGGCAUUGCUGCCCAAAUGGCCAGCGUCUCCUCCUCAAGCAGCAUUUCCACCAUAAGUGACUGUAAUGGUAUUGGCUACACUCAACUUACUGACAGUGAUCAGAGCUUUCGCAGUUUGCCACGACAAGGUUCUCGCGUCUCGCAUCAACACUGUGAACCAAAGAACAACAGCUCCCCCUACAGAAUGAAUUCUGGCUCUAUAAGCUCUUUGUCCUACCAGUUUGACAUGCAGCAUGGCUCUUCAUCAUCACUGCAAAUGCUGUCUGACUCCAGAAGCAAUACUUUAAACAGCCCCAAGCUUGCUGAAAAUCCAAAUUACCAAGGCUCUGAUCAAAAUAAUAGCCCAAGCUUGUUCAGUCUCAGUGGUGUUCUACAGAACUCCAAUCUUUAUGGACACAAAAGGGCAGACGAUAACCAGAUACAAUCACCUCAUUCUUUAUCCCAAUUGCUUAAUUCUCCUGAAGCCUCAUUGUCAGCUGUCUCCUCCUGUUACGAAUCUACAGCUUCACUCUGUACAGGGUCCCAGUGCAGCACACUUGAUGGUAGAAACUGCAGCAGUCCUAACUGUGUCCGCAGGGAUUCCAACUUCUCAGAGAGCAGCAAUCAAAGCUGCAGCACACUAACCACUGACCAGUGGACAUAUGAAGUUUCCCCAAAGGACAACGUCACCUCAAGUUGCUCCUCACCUGUUAGCCAUAUAUACAACAGUGAGGAACACUCUCCCAGCAAGACAGACACAAGCUCAUUGUUCUCUGUUGACAAUGAAGGUUACUACACCUCUAUGCGCCUGGACUCUGGUUUGAAGUCACAUAGUCAUGGCUGCAUCAACAAAGCAGGGGAUGCAAGGCACAGUUUGUACGAGUGCAAGGACCACCACAGCGAAGGUGACCAUGCGAGUCUGCAUAGCAACCGCUCAAUGACACGUAGCAUUUCCCUGCGGAAGGCCAAGAAGCCUCCACUCCCUCCUGCAAGGACUGACUCCUUAAGGCGCAAGCCCCAGAGGAAGCCUCACCACAGUGUUUCGGUGCUUAGUGAGCAGUUUAUCUCCAGUCUGCAGCAGUCAUUAGAGCUUAAUCUAAAAACGAAUAGUUGCUCCGAACAGACACCCUGUGGUAGAUUUGAAGACCCUUGGGUGCUCAGACCCAGAAGCCAGAGCACCAUAAGUGCAGCAAGCAGCGGGAUGUCCGCACCAGCUGCUGUAUGUCCGGUCACACCCACACACAGCGAUAGCAGCAGUCAACGCUCGGACUAUGCAGAGUCAUGGGACUUCUACAUGGAUUACCCUGGUCCACGGUCUGACCAGGGUCUCUCGCCCCAAAUCACAAAAUCUGCAAGUGUUGAAGAGAAUCAAGGGGUCAUUGGCAAUGUAUCCAACAACACUGGAUUCCCAUCGCCCCACUUCAACAGUAGUGGUAUUCAGUCAAAAUUGGCUUCUUCGCCUGACAAGGUUCAUCGCCUGACGUCACCAUCAAGUGGUUAUUCAAGUCAGUCCAACACUCCGACUGCAGGCACUCCCGUUACUUCUUUAAUAAGAGCAAAGUCUCCGGCAGGGAGGCCAAAACCAAAAGUGCCUGAAAGAAAGUCCUCCCUGCGGUCUUCUGUGUCGUCAUCCUCCUCUACAUCCCUGUCCUCCAACACAUCAGAUUCUACCAGGAACAUCCCGCCACCUCACCUUGACAUGACUUCUGGAUUAAAUGGGUCAUCCAGCCCUGCUUCUUGCUCUCCAACAGCACCUAUGAUAGACCCAACCCCACCUCUUCCUCAUCUACCUGACGUGUCCUCUGCCUUGGAAGAGAGACAUAAUUCACUUUCAGAUUCAUCCACAACACCUGAAGAAUGUGACUUUCUUGAUUUCCCCCCUCCCCCGCCAAAUGUUUUUGAAUCUCUGUCAAGCAAAGAAGGUACAAAUAGUCCUUCACCUCCUUCAAUUCUUUCUCCCGAACCAUCAUUGCGCACUUUAUCUUCUCUUCCUCCUCCUCCACCUCCUCCACCAUUACUUGAGAUGAAUCUUAACACUUCAGCCAUUUUGAAGACAGAGAGUUGUCUUAGACCUACGGAGGCUGUAGAAAUUGAAAAAGGACUGAACAAUCACACUGGAGGGAGAGAGAAGAGACCAAUAAUCACUGCCCGAGCUCUUCAGAUGGUGCAUCUACGACCUGUCAAGCCCAAACAAAUAGAGAAUAUCUUUACAGCAGUCCGUUUUGAUAAUUUUGAUGACCAAGCACAUAACCAUUCUGAAACAAACUCAGGAAAGUCUCCAGAAAGUGAGACUACAGAGCAAACAGCAGACAAUGCCAUUGAAAUAUCUGAACGUGAAUAUUCAGUGAACAAAUUUGUACAAGAUUUUCCUGAGUCAUUUAAUGGCUCUAUACCCCCUGGCCCAGAUGAACAUUUCAGCAAUACUGGGCAGAAUGUUCCAGAGUACCUUUCUAAGACAUGUGCAGUUUUAUCUACCAACAAGCUUCUGCAGUGCACAAGCUCCUCAACUUCUCCCCAAAGUUCACAUUUGCAACAGAAGCCUCCAAUAUCACCUAAGAAGCCCAAUCUUUCCCUUCUGAUAUCGCCCAUUAUGCACCCACCUGUCUCUAAUGUAUUCAAGCUUCAACAGGUUCAUGAAGAACAAGAGACACUUGAGUCAUGGCAAGUGAAUGAUACAUCUCCAACAAAGACAGUAGAUUUGCAGGCAGUUCCUUUAGACCUUGAGGUAGGGGAAGAGAGUGACUCGGACUCUUCAACCCCUGUGAUCAAAAGCAGACUGUCUCUCAGUAGUGAGCUGUCAUCAAACAGUCUCCAAGACCUACAACUCUCUGAUCUUAUUCUUCAUGAGCAUGACCUCAGCCUGAGUGAUAAAGACUUUGGGCUCUGUGAUGACAAAAGCACAUCCGAUGAUGGUUCAAGCAGCAGCUCAGGAUCCAUAAGCUUUAAAGAGGACGAACAUGAGGAAAAUGGUGCCGUGUUUGACUCGAGCUCUGAAAGCACAUCUGGCAUUAACACUAUAAGAGAGGCUGUGGAGGAGAUGGUGACGCCUGUUCGUCCUCGUACAACAGAGGACCUCUUUGCUGCCAUCCAUAGGUCAAAGAGGAAGGUCCUGGGCCGUGGCGACUCUGAAGAGGAACGCUGCCGUAGCCUCCCCCCUUCACCACCUGUCACUCCAACCGGCUCCUGCCCCAGCCUACCUUCUUUACCACGUCAGACAGGCUCCAUUCAUCGCAGCCUGCGGCGCUCAACCACAAGCAAUGACAGUUUUAAAGCUCUGCUCCUUAAGAAGGGCAUCCGCUCAGAGUCCAGCUUCCGAAUGUCAGCCACUGAGAUUCUCAAAUGUACAGACCCCCGUUUCCAGAGGGCUAAUUCGGAGUGUGCACAAGCUGACGAACAGUGCAUCUCUCCGACGAGCAGCAGGAGAGCGCCUGAAGAGUGGGCACGUGUUGAGGGAGCCUUGCCCCGCCUCACCACCGGACUAACAACCCUAAAAUAUGGGCGUUCGAGCACACCACCUUCCGCAGCCAGCAGUCGGUACAACAGCCGCUGCCGCAUUUUCAGCGGGCCAAUGACUGCCAUCUGUGAAAAAGAGGGAGAGGUGGCCGAGUCUACAGACUGCUGCAUUAGCACUGAGAGUCGUUUCACCCUGCCUAUAUCCUCCAGCAGCACGGUCUACGCUCAAGGCAGCUCUUAGUGCUCUCAACUCAACCCUAAGAGAUCGUAAUCCAUUCAAUAUGAAGACCGUAGAGGUCUAAACUCUGGCUGGAAGGCCAUGUUUGUGCUGGCCGAUAGCAUUCCCCUAGGAAUUAGUGAGAAGAGAGAAUGGGGGAAGUUUCUGUAAUACUGUAACCGUAGUUUUGCUCUUUUCCUGAGAGUUUUGUCUUUCUUAAGAAAUUAGCGUUCUUUGAAAAAUGUUAUAUUAACAGAGGUGUACUGGUUUGAUCAAAGGUUCUUAGCUCUCAGUAUGAAGGUUAGGAGUUGGUGGCUAACAAUGAAUGGAAGCAGAAUGUCAUUGAAGGAUUUUGUGUUGAAUGGUCCAUGCUGAUGCGUUUCUGCAUCUGUGACAAUGGAAAGUACUUAACCAAAGUGAGCACUGAAACACUGAAUGCACAGAAACCGCAUCCAGAUCACUUGGCGUUGGUGGUGUCAAUUGUAUUCGCAUUAUCAAGCAUGGUUAGGUUUUGAAGGGUGGCACACGACUGUAUGGUUAUGGUGAAGUUGCUAAAGAAUGACAAAAUGGAGAUUUUUAAUAAGUGUUUAGAGAGACUGGUUUAAAAUAUGUAUAUUUUACGCACCUUUACAUUCUUCAUUUCUUUUUGAUUGUGUCGAACAAUCUUAUGUUAGAGCAAUGAGAGAAAUGGAAUUUUAUCUGAACAUAAAGUUAAACAGUUAAUGCAAGUACAUUUUUAACUAAAUAAAUAGAAUUUUAUCUGUUUACGGUUAGACAAUAAUUAUAGUUCUCUAUACUUCAGUGUAAAUAACCCAACCUUCACAAAAGCCAGUUACCAACCAUUUUGUUUCAUACUGUAUACUGUAUAGAAACUGAAAGCUUCUAUUUAGGUCAUGUUUCUAUUAACUGUAGGUUCUUCAAACGCUGAGAAAUUCCUUGCCUUUGCUUGUCUCACAUUUGCCCAAUAUGACAAUUUGUACAUUUUCAUGUUUCUUAUUUCCAAAGGGAGGUACUGUUUAGUCUAUUUACUGUACUACCGUAUGUGCACCUCAAUGUUCGUCUUCCCAUAGUACCAAACACCAGCAGAAUGGUUGUAGAAGAAACGGUAAAGACCCUGGGUAAAUGCCAUGUGAGAUGCAAGGGUUUCUGUUAAAGAAAUAAAACAUGGUAUUAAUCUCAAAA